UCACCAUCCUCCUGUCCAUCCAUCCCACACUAACUGAAGUGGUGAAUUCAAUGUCUGACUGUGCUGAGUUUCUUCUUGAGGAAACUCCACCAAAUAUCCCCGGCAUCUUGCAGGACGGGAGGAUCCUGGACCAGAACCGAUACAAAGUCAUAUGCCAGACUUUCAAGAACAGGCGUCGGUUUGUGACGCUCUAUGACACCAGCAACAGGAUACCAGUGUUUUCUGCUUACAAAUACACAGGGGAAGAGAAAAGUGUAGGAAAACAGAAACCCAGACCACCUUGGAUGAUGGAGCCAGAGCUCCAGCCGAAUGAAAACUCCAUCAACAUGAGGAACGAUGAAAACCAGAACCAGGCCAGUAACUAUGAUUAUUGCGUCGAUCAAAAUAACUAUAAUAGGGGCCAUUUAUUUCCAAGGAGUUAUGGAUUUGAUGAAAGUGACAGAAACUCCACAUUCACCUUGACAAACAUCGUUCCACAAUCAAAGUCUUUCAAUGGUGGCAGCUGGGCAAAAAUGGAGAGUUGUGUCAAAUGCAUCCUGAACCAACAUUGCAUCGACAAAGCCUUUGUAGUGACCGGGGCAAAGCCUGGCAACAACCAACUCAACCAAAGGGUUAAUAUACCAUCCCUUCUCUGGUCAGCAUACUGCUGUUACAGUUACACAUUGGAUAAGUGGCUGGCGGCCGCACACUGGGGCGACAAUGUUCGGGAUGUUACUAAACUCAAAACGCUUCAGACAAAGACUUUGGCGGAACUCCAUGACCAACUGGGAUAUGAGGUGUUUCCUGGAACAGAGUGUCCUCGUUAUCAAACUGGCCUAGAAGAGGAAAAAAGUAAAACAAUCCAUCAAAGAAGUAUUUCUACUUUACAUACUUUUUGCCAAUGCCUCCCUGAACCUUCAACCACAUCUGCCCCUCCCACUACCUCAACUACCUUUGCCUCUACCACCAUCGCUCCCACCUGGAGCAGCACAUUACCUACAACUACAGAGAAAGCAACAACAGUCCUUACAACCACCAUCGCCACAACAAUGACAACUACCACAACAACAACAACUACAAAGAAAAAGGAAGAUAAUCCUGAUAAUAACAAGGGUGAUGAAGGAGGAGGUGGUGGUGGAGGAGGAGGUUUAGGAGGAGGUGGUGGUGGAGGAGGAGGUGGUGGUUUCGACAUCAACCCCAACUAUUCCUCCAACUUCCGAACCCCAAACUAA